AUGGACGAGAGGAUAUACGAAUUAGACAGCCAAGGCGACAUCACCUUCCUUGUCUACGAUGUCCCAGACUCCUUCCCACAAAGCCUAGACCAACUGGACCCCCUCCUGCUAGACGGUUCAACACCAACAACCACCUCACCUUCAGCAGAAGCAGCAGCAGUAGAAGAAGAAACCACACAAAACGAACAACCCCAAGCAAUACUCAAAAUCCGCGCCUCCUCCAAACACCUCACACUGGCCUGCCCCCAAUUCACCCGCACCCUACACAGCGGCUUCCAGGAAUCCCACUCCCUCGAAAAAGCUGGCCACCUGACCCUUGAAAUCGACAACUGGGAUCCCGCCGCCUUUCUCCUGCUCAUGCUCAUCCUGCACGGGCGCACGCGCCCAGUCCCAAGGAAACUAACACUCAGCAAACUCGUCGACUUCGCCGUGCUGGUCGAUUACUACGAGUGCUACGAGGCGGUCGAGGUCUUCACUGAUAUGUGGAUGACGGCACUGAAGAAGCCGACUACAGCGACGUCUCUGACAUCGCUGGCGCAGGCCGAGGAAUGGCUGUUUGUGUCCUGGGUGUUUCAGCAUCGGGAGAUGUUUGCACAGACGGGUGGGUAUCUGCUGGAGAAUUUGACUGGAAGGUUUUGUUCUGAGUUGCCGGUACCGAGGCGAGUAUGCGAUGCGAUUGAUCGCGCGCGGGAGGAUGCUAUAAGCGCGAUCCUUGACAGGCUGCAUAGUCGGUUCAAUAUGUUGAGCUCGGACAAGGUGCAGUGCUCGUACGAGUGUGACUGUGCGCUUCUUGGGGCGCUCACGAGACACAUGCAUCGACUGGGGAUUCUGGAGAGACCGGCGCCGCCGUUUGAGGGGAUUGCGGCCAAGCAGCUGGCGAAGGACGCGCCAGGGGUGGCGCUGCCGAGGUGGUACGAGCGUGGCGGCGAGAUGCAGCAUUCUUGUCUCGCGACGCUGGAUUUCAAUUCUUCGCUGAGAGGUUCGGGUGAUGUGGUGAGGGUUGUGGAGUUGGAUGGGUUGACUGAGCUGAGGAAGAAGUGA